AUGGCCGCGCCCACGCCGAUGGGGUACAUCGGAAGUCUCGGUCCUUACGACAAAAGUAAGGAGCCGUUCAGCUCGUAUAUGGAAAGAGCGGACAUGUUCUUCAAGGCAAAUAAUAUCAAAGAGACUAGCGGCGAAGGAGAGGCUGUGACCGCGGCAAAUGAGGCCGUUCGCGAGCGUAUGAAAGCGAUUCUGCUCACGGAAAUUGGACCCGAAGUGUACGGCACAGUGGUGAACCUCCUCGCACCUAAGAAGGCAAAAGAAGUGCCUUACGCAGAUAUCAUGAAGAAGUUGGAACAACACUUCAACCCAAAGCCUCUGGAAAUUGCCGAAAGCUACAAAUUCGGCACCAGAAACCAGAAGCAACAUGAGACAAUCAGUGAGUACAUUGUUGCCUUGAAAAACUUGACAUUGCAUUGCAACUUUGGAACAUUUCUAGAUCGCGCAUUACGCGACAGAUUUGUUUGUGGCCUCGUGGAUGAGCGAAUCCAGUCCAAGCUUUUGAACACUGCAGACCUUACAUUUGAGAAAGCAUGUAAGAUUGCCACCACAAUGGAAAUGGCAACAAAGAAUGCUCGCGAGUUUCGUCCGCCACAGCCAGCAGCAGCUGUUCAUAGCCACAAAGCGGUGCCAACAGCUAAACCGAAAGCUGUAAAACCCAAACCGAAGCAUGGAGAGUCGAGUUCUGCCAGUUGCUACCGCUGCAAUGGUAAUCACUCACCCCAGUCCUGUACGUUCAAAACGGCUAAAUGCUUCAAUUGCCAGAAGAAAGGCCACAUCUCCGCAGCAUGUCGCGUCAAGCCUAAAACAGGCAGCAAACUCAGUACAGGAAACAAGCGACAACAGCAAAAAGGAGUUCAUAACCUGGAAGUGAACCCAGAUGGAGAUGAACUCGGGUUGUAUACCAUAUAUGCAACCGGCAUCGACAAGCCAAUGGCCAACCAAGGCAAGGAUUUUCGAACAGAGAUAUUGGUGAAUGAACAGUUGAUCGACAUGAGAAUCGACACGGCUGCGGACUGCUCAGUUAUGAGCGAAGACUUGUACGAAAACAAGUUUUCCCAUGUACCACUCAACAAGAGUAAGGUUAAGCUGAAAACAUACUCCGGCGAAAUUUUGGAGACUUGCGGACAAAUGGACUGCAAAGUUCGACACAAUGGUCAGUCAGUCACACUGCCCAUUAUUGUGGCCAACUACAGAAACAAGCCAACGCUCCUGGGGAAGGAUUGGCUGAGUAGACUUAAUCUGGACUGGAAAAACAUUUUCAGCAUCGGCUCAUCCAAAUCACGUCUAGACAGUCUGCUAAGCAAACAUGCAGACAUGUUCGCUGACAGCUACACAGGGAUAACAGGUUACGCUGCUCAUAUCCGACUUAAGCAAGAUGCAAAGCCCGUGUACUGCCGGCCGCGACCUGUACCAUAUGCACUAAAGCGACAAGUCGAGGAGGAACUGGACAAGUUGGAGCGCAACGGAGUGCUUGUGAAGACAGACCAGAGUGACUGGGCAACCCCAGUCAUGGCUGUACCCAAAGCCGACAAAACUGUUAGACUCUGCGGUGACUACAAAGUCACAAUCAACCAAGUCGUUGAUGACGAGCAAUACCCAUUGCCGACCUCGCAAGAUCUGUAUGCAGAACUUAGCGGAGCAAGAGUCUUCACUAAACUGGACUUGUCUCACGCAUACGCCCAACUCAAUGUUGACAAGGAAAGUCAACCGUACCUCACCAUCAACACUCAUAAGGGCUUGUAUUCAUAUACAAAGCUGCCCUAUGGUGUGAAGUCCUCCCCAAAGAUCUUCCAGUCAGUCAUGGACAAAAUGCUGAAAGGCAUUCCACACUGCGUGUGUAACCAGGAUGAUCUGCUGAUAUCCACAAAGGAUAUGGAUGAACACCUGGAAAUCCUCGAGCAGGUCCUCACGCGAUUGGAUAGCCACAACGUAAAACUGCGACAAAGCAAAUGUGCAUUCGCGCAGUCAGAAGUGGUCUACCUCGGACUCAAGGUAGACAUGUAUGGACUUCGUCCGGUGAAGGCGAAAGUCGAAGCCAUCGCGAACGCUCCAAAGCCAAGCAAUGUGUCAGAGCUGCGAUCAUUCCUCGGGAUGGUGCAGUUCUAUGCGCGAUUCCUUCCAGACCUCGCUACAGUACUCAAGCCACUACAUCAUCUACUGCAGAAGGAUUACGACUACAAAGUGGAGUACCGGAGCUCCAAAUGCAAUGCUGUCGCGGAUGCACUCUCCUGCUUACCACAUGAGAACUCGAGUGUGGGAGCCGAGAACUCCAUCUACACUCUGAACGUGGUGGAUGAAGACUUUCCGGUGACUGCAAUUGAAAUUGCAGUAGAAACCCAGAAAGACACUAUCCUCAAAUUUAAGCUUAGUGUACUGCGGGCCUAUGAACAGAAGUUCAUUGAGUCGGGAUCUGAGUCCGAUGAAUCGGAGGAGGGUCGAGGGCAUCGCAAACCCAAGAGGAAAGCGUUUUUUGAUGACGACAACGACGAUGUAGACAUGGUGGAGGCUGAGGAUGGAGCAGCAUCAUCGAAGUCAAAAGGAAAAUCGAAAGUGGUCAAGCAAGCUAAGCAAAACCAGGCUGUGGAGAUCAUUGAAGAGUUGAAGAAGAAAAGGGGUGAAUCAAGUGAUGCGCAAUCUCGUCAAGACUGCAGCAGCUGUGAUGUCUUGAAGAAGAGAAUGAUAGAGUUGAAGAAUCAGAACAAAGCUCUCAGAAGAGACCAAGCAAGGAGUAACCACCCCAGCCCCAGCCAACUGCAGCCCGAGUACCACCUCCAGCCGGGCCAGCACCUCGUCAAGACUCAGCUCAAGUUUUUCAGAAUCUACUGA